AUCGAAUGAGUUAUACCUAUUGUGAUAGCACUUUCUUCUCGCAAGAACUCGAAAGCCUCAUCCGCAAACUACACUCAUUCGUCGGGAAUGCAAUCACACGAAACAGAUACAUUGUUUUCGGUGGAGGUUCAACCCAAGUCCUUGGUGAGGCUGCUUAUGCAUUGUCUCUUCAAAAUGCUUCCUCACAGUCGCCUACACGAGUUGUUGCUUCAAUCCCCUACUACACAUUCUACAAGUACCAAGUUGAAUAUUUCAAUUCGGAAAAGUUCAAGUUCGAAGGAGAUGCUUAUACAUGUAGGAAUAGAUCAGAUGGUAGUGCAGAUGUGAUUUUGUUUGUAACUGCACCAAACAACCAUGAUGGACGGUUAAACAAAGCGAUUCUUGAUGGCCCUAAUGUGAAAACAAUUUACGACCUAUCUGAUUACUGGCCGCAUUUUACACGAUUCUGGCUCCGGCAGAUGAAGAUCUCAUGGUGUUUACACUUUCCAAACUUACUGGUCAUGCUGGUAGCAGAUUUGGGUGGGCAGUGAUAAAAGAUGAAACUGUGUUUAACAGAAUGGUAACACACAUGCAAAUAAAUUCCAUGGGUGUUUCAAAAGAUGCUCAGUUAAGAGCAUUUAAGCUUUUGAAAGCAGUCCUAGAAGAAGGAACUGGAAUAUUUAACUUCACAUACCGGAAGAUGAAGAUCAGAUAGGAAAGAUUGGCCACAACGUUAUCCUCGUCGAACCGCUUCUCUCUUCAGAAAAUCGAUCCGCAAUACUGCUCUUUUUACACUGAAGUC